CAGCAAGUAGUGCAACACAACACUAGCAAGGUCGAUCGAUCGAAGGUAGCUAGCAAGUAAGGAAGACUAGGAAGAAGAAGAAAGAUGGCGGCGGGGGGCGUGUGGGUGUUCAAGAACGGGGUGAUGGAGCUGGAGCAGGAGGCGACGAGCCGGAAGGCGCUGGUGUACGUGCCGGCGAACGAGACGAUGCGGUCGCUGGCGGCACUGGAGCGGCGGCUGGGGUCGCUGGGUUGGGAGCGCUACUACGAGGACCGCGCCAUCGUGCAGCUCCACAAGCGCGGCGGCGUCGACCUCAUCUCCAUUCCCCGGGACUUCUCCAGGCUCCGCUCCACCCAUAUGUAUGACGUCGUCGUCAAGAACCGCGACCAGUUCAAGGUCGUCGACCUCUAGUUAUAGCCAUCUUGGUCGGUAAUAUUCUUCCUAUUCUAGCCGGAUAAAUUCAUGGCUCCGCGCCACGAAUAUAUGUAUAGACGUACAAAUAAGAACCUGCGUGUACGAUUAUGCAUGUGUUGUACUGUUCCUGUGUGAUGUAGUAUGUAACUGUGGGCCUCUGUCAGAAUAUGUAACCCGUGUGCACUUAACGGUGGAAAAUAUAUGUACGUGAGUACCGGGGUUUAAAAUCUCUGAUUAAGAAACUUGGAUCGCCGAAAUAAAUUUGUUUUA